UAUAUUCAGCAAAAGCAAGAUGGUUUGUUGCAACUUCAAGGACCAAAUGAGGACAUUCUGACACAGUCUCUUGAAUCUAAGGAGCAUGGAGGUCGGGUGAGGGCUAUAGGGGGACAUGUCAAUCCCUCAACAUAUUUCAGAAUGGGUAGAUGGAUGAUGCCUGCUCAUGAGAAAAAUGUUCUUCUAAGCCGACAAGCCAUAGUUGAAGACAGAGUAGCAAAGUUAGAAAAUAUGGUACUUCAAAAUGUUGGCUGUAAUAUUCAGAUUGAAGCAAAACGCAGUUGUAAUGCAAAGGAUGCAAAGGGUGCCAAGAAAAGUGAAGAAGAAAUUGGUGAUAUUCAACAAAAAUUGAAUUUUGAGGAGGAUGAUAAUGAGCUGCAAUUUAUUGACAAGGAAGAUGUCUUGGAGAAACAAUCUAAGAAGAAAGCGGGCAAGGAAGUCAAAAAGCUUGAGUUGAACUCCUCAAGUAUGCCUAAGUCAUUAUGGCUACUUUACUGCCAUUACAAGCGUGCACUUGGGAAUGGAGAGAGUUUACAAAUAUUGCUAGAUAAUAAUGUCUUCGGGGAAGAAUGUACUCUCUAUGUGCACGAUGAAGUUGUGAUUCCUUUUUGUCAAUUGAUGCCAAUAUCGUACACGUGUAUUGCAGUGUACAUAUGGUAUUUGUAUAAAAAGAUGAUGGAAGAGAACAAGCUUGACAAAUUCAGAUUUAUGCAGACGCGUCAUGUAGGGCAUGUGCCAACGAAAAGAACAGGUAAAAAUUUUCUAGAAAAACAGUUGGAAACCAGGGCACGAGCUUUAGCAAACAGACUGAUGGACAAUCCAAGUAAUGAACACUUUUGGUGCCAUGUAAUAUAGGUCAUCGCAUUCGCGAUGAUGAUUGGAAGCAUGUUGUAGAAAUGUAGCAGGUCGGGCUUUUUAUGAAGAACCUGGUCGGGAAGUGACCGGGAAUUGCCCGAGCGUUAGUGUCGACCACCGAGCGGUAGCCCUUUGGCGAGAGAGCUGACAAAGGACACGUGGCGGCUCUUUACGAUGACAGAC